GCACCACUGCCACUGACAGCUCGGCCGCAGUGCAGCCCUGGCGUCUGACAGCCGACGUGGAGCUGUCAUCGGCAAUCGCACACGAAUAACGGGGUCGACGCGGCACUAGACGAUUGCAGCUCACUUGAGUAGAAAUUUUGGACUAAAGCGGAGAAUCUGACACGACAUGGACAAGGUUGUUAAGUUCGCCGAGCCUGGACGCGCCUUUGCCAAGGACUCAAUCCGCCUGGUCAAGCGAUGCACCAAGCCCGACCGCAAGGAGUUCCAGAAGAUCGCCAUCGCCACUGCUGUAGGCUUCUGCAUCAUGGGCUUCAUCGGCUUCUUCGUCAAGCUGAUACACAUCCCCAUCAACAACAUCAUCGUGGGCUCCUAAAUGCGGCCAGUGGCAGAGAAAUCAGCAAUCAUCCAUUAUAGCAUAUAUCAGUUCAACUUUUUUUUCGUUUAGUUAACAUGCAUUAUAUGUAUAGACUAGUGAAACUAUGUGCAUUCAGCGAAUGUCUUUCUAACAAAAUUUUCAAUUGUACACAUACAUAUGUGAAAACGUAAUGUAAACUUUCAAAAUUCCAUUCAUAAAUACAUGACGUGCAUGAACAAGUUAGUUAAUAAGAAUCAAUUGUAAAAAGGUAAUGACCCGCUUUCAUAGCAUUUGUUUGGGGUGCGCCCCCGCUAAUAAAUGUUAACCUGAUUUUCCGUGUACAAA